AUGACGAACAAGAAGCCUUUGAGAGUCAUCAGAAAUGGCAGGAAACGGCUGCUGUCUUCAGCGGUAACGUCAUCGCGGCCACUGCCAGUCCUUCCAGAUGAACUCAUCAGAGAAAUCUUGCUGAGGCUUCCGGCGAGGUCGCUUCUUCGGUUACAGAGUGUGUGCAGUUCAUGGAGAACCCUAAUUUCCAGCUCCCAAUUCGCCAACGAUCAUGUUCGACGUUCAAUUGCCGCGGAUCCAUGCUUCCGGCGACAUGAGAAACCAUGCCUAUACUGGAUUGGCAUCCUAAUCGCUGGGAAUUGGGGCUUCUUAAUAGCUAGCGGCUUCGGCUAUGAUCAUGUGAAUGACAAGUACAAGCUUGUUGAGAUUCUACAUGAGAUAACGAAAUGUGCAAUCAGAAUUUAUACAUUUUGUCGGAACCCUUGCAAGAGUGCCAUUCAAGAUAUUCCAAUUGGCAGCAUAAAGGGUGAUGGUAGAGGGGUAUUUGUGCCUGGCACCGCCACUCUUAACUGGAUUCGUUCUCAUAGCACUAUAGAUUUCUUGGUUCUUUCCCUUAACUUGGUGAACGAGAUUUUUACUGAGUUUUCCAUGCCCCUCAAUAAUCAGUAUAAUAAAACCAUCUUCCCACAGUUAUGUUUGUUGAGGAACUGCCUUGCAUGUUUUAAUCAUGAGAAAAUUCAUUGGUCUGUAUGGGUAAUGAAGGAGUAUGGAGUGUCUCAAUCUUGGACUAAAUUCGUCAUCAUCCCCUGUCACCCGCGUCUUUCUUCGCGUCUAUCUGGUGAUCAUUUACGCCCAUUGUAUAUCUGGAAAAAUGUUAUUAUGGCAGUUACAUCGUCUUCAAAGAUAGUUCUUUAUAACUUUGAUAAUGGCAGCUUUAAAUUUCCUGUAUUGGAACCUACUUCUGCGUCUCCCUCAGUUGGAUUGUAUGUCCAUAUUUAUCACGAAAGCUUAGUUUCACCAUCAUAUCGUGGCCUUCAAGUAGCUCAUCUCAAAUCAGGUUGA